CUUUAAGGGAAGCAGAAGUGUAUAAGAACAUGUUUCAGAUGUUUGUUUUGUAUUGUUUGUGCUGGAGAUGUUGCGCUGGUGUUUUUGAUGAAUCGGUGUCAGUGAUGGAGGGAGAUUCGGUCACUCUUAACACUGAUGUUACUCACAAUCAAGAGGCUGAAGAAAUACUGUUAACAUAUGGAGCUGAAAAUUCUCUGAUAGCUAAAAUCACAAUUAAAAACCAAACUGUCCUCAAACUCAAUGUUAAUUGGAGAUUCAGAGACAGACUGAAGCUGGACAGAAAAACUGGAUCUCUGAUCAUCACAAAUAUCACAACUGAACAUGCUGGAGUUUAUAAACUAGACAUGAGUGAAGUAUCACUGACACCAAAAACAUUCAGAGUUUCAGUCUAUCCUCAUCUAACUGUUCCUGUCCUCAUCUUCAACUCUUCUCACUGUUCUUCAUCCCAGUAUAACUGUUCAGUGUUGUGUUCAGUGGUGAAUGUGAGUGCUGUGAGUCUCUCCUGGUACAAAGGAAACAGUGUAUUAUCCAGCAUCAGCGUGUCUGAUCUCAGCAUCAGUCUCUCUCUACCUCUGGAGGUGGAAUAUCAGGAUAAAAACACCUACAGCUGUGUGCUCAACAACACCAUCAGCAAGCAGACCACACAACUCAAUGUUACUCAGCUCUGUCAACUGUGUGAAGACUCUGUGUCGCUGCCAGUGCUGAUCUCUGCCGCCACCGCCACUGUUGGACUUUUGUUGAUUGGAGCUGUAUUUGGGAUCUUGUGCAUCUGCAGGAGAAAUAGAAAACAUGAUCAAAAAGUUCAGGCUUCGGAAGAUGAAAUAACAUACGCUGACCCCAUAAUCCUGCACAGAAAACCACGGAAAUUGAAUAUUAAAGAGGAAGAUCAUGUGGAGUAUUUACCUCUUGCCUUGAGAUGAUCAUCCAAAUCCUGUGAGGAAUAGAAACAGGAACAAAACUUUCAACAAAAGGUGUUUAUAAAACAUUGCUGUAGUUUAAUUGAUUUAUUCAUUAAUAUUUGCGCAUGUAUAUCAAUGGGAUCAAUAAAUCUGGCAUGUACAUUCAUAUGUUAGACUUUUCUGCUUAAUGUCAGUGUGCGCAAGUGUGUGAGUGUGUGUGUGAGGUGUCAGUAGAGUGUUAUUAAAGAAGGUUUCCAUUCCUCGUGUGAAACCGUUAGACUUCUGC